AUUUGUUUUCCAGUGGUUCGCACUGACAUACCCACAAUUCCUCUUUACAACUUCCUUUUCCGUUUAUCAUCCAAUAUGGUUGGACGUCAUCUUCCCAAGAAACGAAAGUUCGUUGCUGAUGGAGUCUUCAAGGCUGAAUUAAAUGAGUUUUUAACUCGAGAACUUGCGGAAGAUGGAUACAGUGGUGUUGAAGUUCGUGUAACUCCUACCCGAACAGAAAUCAUCAUUCUUGCCACCAGAACACAAAAUGUUCUCGGUGAGAAGGGCAGACGUAUCAGAGAAUUAACCUCUGUUGUACAAAAACGAUUCAACUUUCUUGAGAACACAGUAGAGUUGUAUGCUGAAAAAGUUGCCACAAGAGGAUUAUGUGCUAUUGCUCAGUGUGAGUCUUUAAGAUACAAACUCAUUGGAGGUUUGGCUGUACGAAGAGCUUGUUAUGGUGUACUAAGAUUUAUUAUGGAGAGUGGAGCUAAGGGCUGUGAAGUUGUUGUAUCUGGUAAACUGCGAGGUCAGAGAGCCAAGUCCAUGAAAUUUACAGAUGGUCUUAUGAUCCACAGUGGUGAUCCUCUCCUAGAAUAUGUAGAUACAGCUAUUCGACAUGUACUUCUUCGACAAGGAGUUUUGGGUAUUAAAGUAAAAAUUAUGUUGCCAUGGGAUCCCAGUGGAAAGAUUGGGCCUCGUCAACCAUUACCUGAUCAUGUCAGUAUAGUUGAACCAAAGGAUGAAGAUCCACCAGCGGCUCCAUACAGUGAACAUAAAGGUGCCAAGCCACAAGAUGCCCAACAAGCACCAAUCAUGUAAAGAUUUGUCGCUGUAAAAAAAAAAUUAAUAAAUUAUCAAAAAAAAAAAAUACCAACCUACUUUUAA